AAACAUUUAUUACCAGUUGAGGGCUCGAUCAUGUACGACGCAAUCGCUAAUAACUCGCCCGUGAGGAAAUAUCAAAUAAAAGUGCUCUAACAAAUGGUUUUAAAGAAACUAGUAGUAUGCUAAAUUUCAAAUAUUAGAUAAUCGUCUUUUACCGGUGUUGUGGAGUGUUUGUUUAUAAGUUGUGUGAAUAAAAUCAACAAAAUGAGCGCACCUAUAAUCAUCACUGUGCCCAACAACUACCUGGCCAUGGAGGCGGUCGAGGAGAUGGAGUCGAAGGUCGUUGUAGACCUGCCGUCCCCGGCGCCCUCCAGGAAGCGCCGCCUGGACCACCUCACAUGGGAGGAGAAGAUGCAGAGAAAGAAGCUGAAGAACCGAGUAGCGGCUCAGACUUCCCGAGACAGGAAAAAGGCAAAAAUGGAUGAAAUGGAGAGUCGCAUCAAACACUUUAUGGACUUGAACGAGCGGCUGACGAGUGAGGUGGAGAGUUUGAAGGCGUUGAACGAGCGUCUACUGAGCGAGAACGCGUCGCUGCGCAGCGAAGCGGCGGCGGCGCGGACCGUCGCGGAGGCCCCCAGACCAGCAGAGUCUAUUCCUCAGCAGAAGGAAGGGCCUCCGACGGCGAUCCGCGCGGCGCGCCUGCUGCUGGCGAUGUGUCUCCUCUCACAGACCUCCUCGCACACUUCGACUCUGAAGAGUACCUCGACACCCUCACUCAACUUGCAGACUCCCUCCUCAAAGAAAUUGAUGCAGGUGCUGCAGGAACGCCUCAAAAUAACCCAGUCCGGGAAGCUCGAGAAUGCGCUAAAGGAACUGAAGUGGUGGGGACCACAGCAAGCCAGCUGGAAUCCCGUGAAGGUGCAGUCAUAGACAUCAAGCAUGACGUCGACAGGAUACUGUCACAACACUCCUAUGCGCAUCCUUACAAACCAGAGAUUGUCAUCAGUAACACAGAUGAAGUACAAAUUAAAGAAGAAAACAAUGACAAAGGCGACAUAUUCUACGCCAGCUGUGAUGAGGACAACGACUGCAUCACGAUAGAAGUGCCAUGCGAGGAACAGAUCGUAGAGGAGACUCCUCUACAGAUAGAGACGGACUUCAACACCCUGACAAACAAUUGCUCAGGGAUCACAUUAGAAUGUGACAUGAAGAUGCUCUCUCCGAUGACGUUGUCCCCUAAAUCUGUGGAGGAGAACCUUGGGCUGUCCCCGUCGCACACAAACCUCAGCUCGGACCUGGGCUACGAGUCGUUGGCUUCACCACUCAGUGAACCAGAAUCAAUGGACUUGUCAGAUUUUUGGUGCGAAUCAUUUUCGGAACUGUUCCCUGGUUUAGCUUAGAAUGUUUCUGCAUUUCGACUCCCACCAAAGACUGACUAGUUUAAGUUAUGAAUCUGUAGCUGUUAAGGUUAAGAAAUGACAAUUUGUUAGUGUUUUAUUAUGUGUUAUAGUUUUAAGUUAAAGUUUUUAUAAUAUAUAACAAAUAAUUUAAUCGUUUAGUUAGGAUGCACGUAGGCUGUAAAUAAACAUUGUCCUGUCGAA